CUGUCCUCUUUUUGUAGAGCAAAAAAAAGGAGGUCAAAUGGUUGAUUGCAAACUCCAAAGGCCAUAGUAUCUGGUAUUUCCCGUAUCCAACAAGAGGGAAGCCAAUCAAUCUACAGAUUGCUCAUCGCUUCAAAAUGGAUACUGCAGCAUUUUAGAGGGGGCAUGCUGCUGCUAUGUGUUAUUAUCGUCUUCUCAUGAAUUGGUAGAAGAAAUCAGGUUACAGAGAGAGAGAGAGAGAGAUAUGGAGUCUCCUCCGACACAGUCACCGCCCAGUGUCGAUGUCGAUCUCUCUCUCGCCUUGGCACCAUCCUCCCCUUCCUCCGGCCGCGACGACGAAAGGGACGUCAGGCUCUUCCCCUGCCUCUUCUGCGACAAGAAGUUCCUCAAGUCGCAGGCUCUUGGAGGUCACCAGAAUGCUCACAAGAAGGAGAGAAGCGUCAGCUGGAGCUCCUCCUACCUUUACCUCCCACCCGCCGCCGCCACCACCACCGUCCCUGUCCACCACUUGAGCAUAUAUCCCUUCCCCAUCACUUCACACUCAUGCAAACCUGAAGCCCGCAUGAAGCACCCCUCAUCAGGCGGCGGAGGCGGAGGCGGAGGCGGAGGCGAACUCCUCCAACAGAGCUUCGGUUCCCACGGGGUUCCUCGCUUGGCCACCGGCCUCCACGACCAUGCGUUCUUGGCGACGAUGAGCGGCAACUGCGCAGGAUUCAACGAGACUAUCGAUCUCCUGAAUUGGCAGAGGGCUUCCCGUCCACCAGAUGUUGUUCCUGGUUCUGUCGAUGCACGAGCGACUACUUGCACUGGCGAGGACAAGUCCAAGCUUGAUCUCUCCUUAAGGCUUUAGUUCUAGGAAGGAAGGAAGGAAGGAAGGAAGUCAAGUCCCCGCCUUAGCUAAAUUUCUUGUAUCUUUCUCACUCUUGCCCUCCCCUAAUUUCUGGUUCAUUGGUCUUUCUGUAUCGUCGAUCAACCACUGUUGGUUCAAUUGUUUGUUGUUUUCUGUA